AUGGAACUAGAGCCCAGUCUUUAUGGAAUAAUAGAGGCAUUGGCUCCUCAAUUACUGUCGCAGACGAACUUAAGGGCAUUUGUAUCCGAUGUUGUCAGUUUGCUACGAUCCCCUACCAAAUCAGUAAGUCAAUUGAGUCCUCUGAUUGAUUUUCAUAAACUACAAUCAUCAGACUCGACUGAGGCAACAAUUAUGUGGCACAAGAUUGAAAAAUUUCUCGAUGCUUUGUUUGGGAUCCAAAAUACAGAUGAUAUGGUAAAGUACCUCUCUGUUUUCCAAUCUUUGCUCCCUUCACAAGGCAGAGCGAGAGCCACGCAAACUUCCAAUGGGCUGAAUACGGAGAACUUGGCCAACCAUGAUCAUUUAUUAAGUCCCGUCCGAGCGCCAAGUAUAUACACAGAAGCUUCUUUUGAAAAUAUGGAUAGAUUUUCAGAAAGGAGGUCUAUGAUAUCUUCACCUAAUCGUUAUGUUCCCUCUUUGACUUAUAACUCAGUUACUUUAAGACAACUAUCAGAUCCCUAUUAUGUUAACACUAUACCCGAGGAAGAUAUUCUGAAAUUCGUGUCGUAUACUCUACUCGCCACCACGUCUGCGCUAUUUCCGUUCGAUCGCGAGCAAAUACAGAUUCCAUCUAAGAUACCGAAUUUUGAAAGUGGCCUUUUACAUUUAAUUUUUGAGGCAGGUUUAAUAUAUCAUAAUUUAGGCUCUAAAGUAGAGAAAUUUAGAAUGUCAAAUAUCUCUCCAAUGAAAAAAGCAUUAAUCAUUGACAUCUCAGAAGAGCUGCGAAAUUACACAGCGUUUGUAAACAAUUUGGUCUCUUCAGGGACAGUGGUGUCAUUGAAAUCAUUAUAUCGUGAAAUAUAUGAAAAUAUAAUAAGGCUUCGAAUAUACUGUAGAUUCAUGGAACACUUCGAGGAAUUAAGUGGGGACACCUUUUUAAUUGAGUUAAACAUCUUCAAGUCUCAUGGAGAUCUUACCAUAAGAAAUAUAGCAGCUAAUCUGUUCGAUUCAAUGAUUGCUCUUUACUACGAGUAUCUAAUGAAUUGGCUGACCAAGGGUCUACUGCGGGCCACCUACGGAGAAUUUUUUAUUGUCGAAAACACUGAAAUAAGCGGUGAUGCUGAUUUUAUUUACCAUAUCCCCAUAGAACUCAAUCAAGAAAGAGUUCCAAAUUUCAUACCGAAAAAGUCAGCAUAUAAAAUAUUUAUGAUUGGUAAAUCAUACAUUUUCCUAGAAAAAUACUGUAAGGAGAUCCAAUGGACAAACGAAUUCUCCAAAAAGUAUCAUGUUUUGUACCAAAGCAAUUCUUAUAAGGGAAUAUCUACUGGAUUUUUUGACAUUAUAAAUGACCAGUACUCUGAAAUUGUUAAUUACACUAACCAUGUCCUAAAUCAAAAGUUUCAUUAUAAAGACGUGGUGUUUGCAUUAAAAGAUAUCCUCUUUAUGGGUAAAUCCGAUUUUAUGGAUAUGUUGAUAGAAAAGGCUAGCGAUAUUCUAAUAACACCGUCGGAUUCAUUGCCAAACUAUAAACUAACAAGACUCUUACAAGAAGCUGUCCAGCUUUCUUCCCUAAGGCACUUGAUGAAUAACUCUUCUAAUGGUUCGGUCAUUGAUGGAUUAGAUGCGAGAGUGCUUGAUCUAGGACAUGGAUCGGUAGGUUGGGAUGUUUUUACUUUGGACUACAUACUACAUCCUCCAUUAAGUUUAGUGUUAAACGUGAACCGUCCUUUUGGUAGAAAAGAGUAUCUAAGAAUUUUCAAUUUUUUAUGGCGAUUUAAAAAAAAUGAUUACUUCUAUCAAAAGGAAAUGUUAAAGAGUAAUAACAUAAUUAGAUCGUUCAAGAAAAUCAGAGGUUAUAAUCCCCUCAUCCGUGACAUUAUCAACAAACUUUCUAGAAUUAGUAUAUUAAGGACACAAUUACAACAGUUCAACUUUAAAAUGGAAUCGUAUUACUUGAACUGUAUUAUAGACGAAAAUUUUAAAGAGAUGACCAGAAAAUUGAACUACACAGAAAAAAAGGAUCAAAAUCAAUUUGAUUUAAUCACGUUGAAGGAUGGGACCAUCGAACUAAAUGGAAUUCUACGGCCGAAAGUCAGCGUAUUAGCAGACUCAUCAAGCAGUAGAGCUCAACAAUACAAAGUCGAAAGAUCGUUGAAUAUUGACGAAUUGGAAAGUCUACAUAAUGUGUUUUUGACGAAUAUUCUUUCUCAUAAACUUUUCGCAACUAAUAUAAAUGAGAUAAAUGUUGGCGAUUAUUCCGGUCAACCAUACCCAACCUCAUUAGUUCUACUUUUGAAUUCCGUUCAUGAAUUCAUUAAAAUUUACUCCCGUUUGAACGAGGUUGCAUACGAAAUAUUCAUCAAAACGAAUCUAAAUGACCAUGAAGCUUCUAAUGGGUUAUUAGGAAGUUUAAACACAAUGUUAAAGGAAGUCGUCGAUCAGUACAAGAACUUCAAAGACAGACUAUAUAUCUUUAGAGCAGACUUAAAAAAUGAUGGCGACGAAGAACUAUUUUUGUUGAGCAAAUCGUUACGGUAA